CUGAUGUUCGGCGUUAGGGUUUAAAACACUGAGGGUUUUAGAGAAGCUCCAGUUCCACCCGAGGAAUGGCGUUCUGGGGAAUUGAAAUUAAAUCGGGCAGUCCGUACACUCAUCGGUUCGAUGAAAACCGAGGAAGGCUUCACGUAUCUCAGGCAACAUUAGGAAGUGGCUCAUCGGCAAGGAAGAGCAUAGUUCAGUGUAAUGUCGGAGAUGAGAAGCCAAUUUACUUAUGUUCUUUGUUACCAGAAAGACUUGAGACUUGCGCAUUAAAUCUUGAAUUUGAGGAGUCCGAUGAAGUGAUAUUUUCAGUUAUUGGACCUGACAGUGUUCAUCUCUCUGGUUUCUUUCUUCUCGGAAGUCAAGACAGCGUUACUGAUGAUUACGAUGAUUUGUAUGCUGAAGAUAUUGCUGAUACAGAGACUGAUGAAUCUACUGAUUCUAGUACUGAUUCUACUGAUUAUAGUACUGAUUCUACUGAAGAUGAUUACGGAUAUCACUUUUUUAAUGAUGAUGUUGACAUGUUCCCACCUUCACCUGUACAUAAUUGUGGAGUGGUAAUUGAGGAGAUAUUGGAUGAUGAGAAACCUGCUACUGAGAAUCAUACAUCUAAACGACCAAAGAGAAAAGGUCAGCUAAGUGCAUUUGGUGACAAAGGUAUCUCACAGCAACAAAUUGUUAUCGGGAGAGGUACUAGUUUCCCAAUCUUGGAAAGUGAAGAUGAAGAUGGUUUUGCAACAUCUUCCCCUCGUAAGGACAAAGCAAAAGUUAUGAAUACCAAGGGAACAAAGGAGAAAGGCAAGAGAAAAAAGGCGAAAGAUGAUUCUGAUCGUGUUAAAAGUUUGAAAAGAAAAGUUGAUGCUAUCAUUCAAGAUGGUGAACAUGCAAGGUUAACUAGCCAACAGUUUGAUUCUCCCCUUGCAACAACUGAAGUAGUUCCUGAAAACGAUGUUAAGCAAAAGAAGAAGAAGAAAAAGAAGAAAACAAGGGGCAAUGAGGAGAAAUCGAGAGAUAGCCAGACUGUAGAGGCAACUACCAGGGACAUGGACCAGGCUCCACCUGUCGGAGAACACGAUGAGCAUCAAACAAUUGAAAAAAGUUGUGACACUGCUGAUGAAAACCACUCCCGCGGGAAGAAAAAAAAGACCACAAAGAAAGAAAAAAAGACCAAGAAGAAAAAAAAGAUCAAGCCUGAAUGCAAAUAUGGAUCGCACUGAUACAACCUAGAAUCAAUCCAAGACACAGGAGAAAAAGAAGCCAAGCCAAAUCGGGUGAGGUCCUUUCUUAAUGGAGAGCUAGGAGUUAAGUGUGAGACCUCUGCAAGGGCCAACAAGAAAUAGGCCAAUUCAGCAGCUUUUACUCGGGUAAAAGUAACGUAUAGUAUUUGAGAAAAUACAAUACACAUCAAUUAAAAAUUCCGUUUAUAGCGUCAAACAUGACUUGAUUUAGAAGGAACCACUUUGUGCUUAUCUAUCCAGAAAUGUUUAUUGAUUAAGCAUGGAUCUCUCCCUCCCUCCCCCCUCGUGUUUGUCUAAUUGCAUGCAUCUGGUCAUGUAUAUGUUAUUGCCUUUGUAAGAAUAUCUUGUUUUAUUAUAUAUAUACAGGCUUGAGGUGCUGGUGAGUGGUGGCACGAUGCUAUCAAAAUCAUGUCUGGUGUUUGAAGUUGAUUUGGUAGAUGUCUAUUGGUCACCUCCUCUAAUGUAUUAGAGAUUUCCUUCUUCCCAUUUGGGAUACCUUAAUGCUUUAUAAACCAGUAGUUGAAUAUGGUCUUGAAUCUUUUCAUUUUGAUUCUCGUCAUGUAAAAUGGUUUUGUUGGUUAUCAUAAGCCUGAAUUCGGAGUUGUUUGUAACAGAGUAUUCAUGCGAGCAAAGGUUUUACUGUAAAAACUGGUGCAUUUCAAUGCUGCCAAAUGGAAUUAAGAGUAUGUAUUGCUGAA